AUUAAUAGCAUUCAAAUUGUAUGGCAGACAGUAAGGAGAAUUUCUAAUAUGAUUUUGGGAGUAAAAGGGUUACAUUAAUGUUAAUCAAAUACAUGGCAAAAGCUUGCUUCAUAUUUCAGCUGCAAAUGCGAUUGACUUAAAUGUAUCCAUAGAUGUGCAGAAGGGAAAGUUUUUCUAGAAGCAACAUCAAAACUACUGCAUCAAUGACAUCACAUAGAAUUUAACCCUUUUUACCCCGCAUCAGUAUUGUGAUUCUCUAUACUCUUCUCUAUAAAUUCCCUUUUGUGAUGAUGAGGAGAAUUCACUAAAAAAAUCAAAGCUUCUUGGGUUGAUGAUCAUUUCCUUUUUUCUCAUUAUUUUAAUGAAAAAUUCAACAGUAUUAAUGAAAGGAGAAAUUAGAUGAUGAUCACUCUCCUUAUCAUCUCAUCAGUGAUGCUUCCAUCAAGAUAUGAAGUACUCUUGGAGUUUGAGACAUGCUGACACAUGGAUCAAUUUUUUUAUUAACUGUAAUUUCCACUGCUCAGUAAUUUUUACAACAAACACUUUCAUCAACUUUUGCAAUCAGCAAAUUCUUGUCUCUGUUUUCUUUGGGCCAUGGGUGAGUCACAAUGAAACUUUCCCAAACCUGCAUCUUCCUCUACCCACAACCCUUAGUACCAGUCUCCCUUACUCUAUGCCUUAAGACUGCGAGUCAAGGUGAAAAAUGGUUACGUUAGGUCCUGGUGCAUUUUAAAGUUAAGGUAAAGGUAAAGAGAUGUAGCUUACGAGCUUUGAAGGAAGGUGUAAAAUUUGGGUUCAUCAGCAUGGUGGCCUUCUGUGCAACUGACUUCAAAAAUUUGGCUUAAAAUGUCCUGGUACUGACCUCUGAUUGUGAGCUCUUUCCUUUCUCAAAGGCUCAGUUUGAAAUAGUAUACAAUUUCUGAUUAUAAUGGACAUUCCUAUUGAGUUUUGCCCAAACAGUAAAAUAGGGGAUUUUGGAACCCCUGGGACGGUAGGCAUUGCCACGAUGGAGAUGCCCUACCCCCUCCCUGCUCUUUUUCCUUUCCUCAUAUCUCAUACACUUCUCAGUCAGUCUCGCGUGACUAGAUGCAGAGCUCUUGCCUCAGGUGCACGUCAUCUGAUCCACAAAAAUGGCGCUGAAAGCUAUGAUCGUCCUGCUUGUUACUCUUGUGACAGUAAACUCUUCUUUGUCUGCCAGAAUUGCAGGUUUUAGUGGAACGAAUUCGGGAUCCCAUUGUUUCACCAUAAAGAAAGUUAUGGAGGAAAUGUUCGCUCGCGGACACGAGGUUGUGCUGGUUAAGCCAGCCAAUCAAAAUGAUCCACCAACUAUUGGACAGAGGAUAUCUCACAAGAUAUUCAAUGUGCCAUAUGACCAAGCUUAUUUUGAGGAGUAUUUUGUAAAAACUGUUAUGGAAGAUGGCAUUUGGAAGGCUGUGAUCAAUUUUUCAGAGAUGCAAAGUGUCAUUUGCGAACUUUUGCUAAAUAAUACAGAACUGAUUCAAUAUCUGAGGAAGUUUGACUUGAUAGUAUUUGAAAGACUUUUCAUGUGUGCUUCGAUGGUGGCAGAUCUCCUAAAAAUUCCCGCAGUGGUUUUAAUACCUUCUCCCAAUGCUCCAGUAGCUUGUUUACAUUUCAAAGUUCCUUGUCUGUUUUCAUAUGUGCCUUCACGUCUCUCUGCAUUUACAAGUGACAUGUCAUUUAUACAGCGUGUCAUGAACACUGUCACAUACAUCAAUUUUGGGUUUGCUAUGCACAUUUUGCAAUCUCCAAGUUUCUGUCGCCUCAAGGAAAAAUACAAUAUUGCACCUGAGAAAGAACUUGAAAAUGUUCUUGGGAAUGCUGAUUUAGUGCUUAUUCUUGGAGACUUUGCACUUGAAUAUCCACAGCCACUUCUGCCAGGUCAGGUUAUGGUUGGUCCCAUCACUGCUAAAGCAGAACCUGACCCACUCCCCCCUGACUUGGCCAACAUUAUUGACAGUUCUGGAGGGCACGGGUUCAUUAUCGCCUCUUUUGGAUCUUAUGCAGAAACAAUUAUUUCUCACAGGACGAUCAAUGUUUUAGCUGUGGCGUUUGGAAAGUUGAAGCAGAAAGUUAUAUGGAAACUUAAAGGCUACAUUCCUUCUCACCUUGGUGCAAACAUCAAAGUAGUGAAGUGGAUACCUCAGAAUGAUCUCUUGGCUCACAAAGAUAUCAAAGCUUUUGUUUCUCACGUGGGACACAGCAGUCUAUACGAGUCAGUUUACCAUGGGGUCCCUGUGGUGGCUGUUCCUCUGUUUGCUGAUCAGUUUUUUAAUGCCGGGAAGGUAGAACACUUUGGAUUGGGUAUUACUGUGGAUCACCAAACUGUGACUACUGAGGACUUUGUUAAGACAAUAGAGAAUGUGAUAACCGAACCAAGUUUCAAGAAAAAUGCUAUGCGCAUUUCUCGCCUUAUGAAAGACAGUCCACGGACUCCCCUGGAGAAAGCUGGUGACUGGAUAGAGUAUGUACACAGACAUAGUGGAGCCCAACACCUCAGAGCUCAAGUGUUUAACAUCCCUUGGUACCAGUACUACUUACUUGAUGUCAUAGCUUUCCUUGUUGCCAUAGUUGCAUUUGUCGUCAUGGUGAUCAGAUGGACAUGUAGAUGCAUGUGUCGUGUGUGUUUUCGUCCAAGCAGCGAGAAAGCGAAGAAUGAUUAAACUCUUUCGACCCGAGCGUGUGACAUCACGAGUCAUGAAUCGAUUGUUACUUAGUUUUUCAGUAUUUCUGUUGUCACCAAGUAAAUUUUAGUCAGAUCUAAAAGGUUAACUGUAGCAAUAAUGGAAUUCCAGACGUUGCUAUUUUGAUGUAGGUAGCGAGCAUGCUCUCGUUUUCAGCACUUUGGAAGGAACAUUUCUUCGCUUGCCAGCGGUAUGAGGUUUUAAUAUCGCGAGACGGGGAGGCCGACUUUUGUUGCCCAUGGGGUCUAGAUCCUUGGCAAAUCUUUCCCCAAGGUGUCUUAAAUCUUCCCGCAAGCCAAGAAAUGCAAUGAUAGGGGCCUGCUUCCUGGUAGACUGUCAUUUUUACUUAAAACUUUGUUAACUAGUGUAUAUACUUAUAGUUGAUUACAGUAGAUAGUUCGAUACAA